CAAGGCCUCGAGCUGUUGUUAUGGUAGACGCAAUGGCGGAUCCGAGAAUAGCAGUGCUCGGUGCUGGUAUUGUAGGUGUGACAACAGCUCUACAACUCCAAAAAACGUUUCGGAAUAUCGAUGUGACCAUCGUUGCUGAUAAGUUCGAUGAAGACACCACCAGUUGGGUAGCCGCUGGUAUUUUCAGACCUGGGACGAGUUUCACGGGACCCAGUGAGGAAAUUACCAGAAAAUGGAUAAACGAUUCUUAUUUCUAUUGGAAAAAUAUUGAGGAGUCUGAAUAUGGGGCAGAAGCAGGAGUGACGUCUAUUUCAGGAUAUAUAUUCUCCAGUGAAAAUCCUGGAUUAGUGAGGAACCACUACAUCGAGAAUCUAGUGCCAACGUACCGCCAAGCAACAAGAGAAGAACUGAAACUUUGCCCAGGGCAGUGGAAAUACGGAUCUUUUUUUUCCACAUUGCUCACUCAAAGCUCUGUCCAUCUACCAUGGUCAAUGAAAAAAUUCCUGAGCAAUGGCGGCAAGGUUAUCCAGAGAAAAAUCAGCAGCUUAGCCGAGCUAAGCGAAAAUUUUGACAUAAUAGUCAACUGUACUGGCCUCGGAGCCAAAGGUCUUUGUAACGAUCAUAUUCUUGUUCCACUGAGAGGCCAGGUUAUCAAGAUUGAAGCUCCUUGGAUAAAAACCUUCUUCUAUGGUGACUACGAUACCUACGUCAUUCCUGGCUUUGAUGCAGUCACCCUCGGUGGUUGCAGACAAUACGAUUCAUAUAAUACAUCAGUAGAUGACUAUGACUACCUCUCCAUCAAAAACAGGUGUCUGUCGCUAGUCCCGAGUCUGAGGAGUGGUAGGAUCGUGGGAAAUCUGGUGGGAUUGAGACCUCACAGGCAACCAGUGAGGGUGGAAAAAGAGGUUCAUUUGAACCAAGGUGGUGAUAGGGUGAAGAUCGUACACAACUAUGGGCAUGGGGGCUAUGGGGUGACUACGGCACCCGGAACAGCAAUUUAUGCUUGUGAACUCGUUAGGGAAAUGUUGGUAGGGAAUAGUAAAAUAUAAUUGUCGAAGAAAAGAAGUAGAGAAAAAUUAGAGAAUAUUCA